CUCUGCGGAGCUCUCCCUCCCUCCAUCCACCCACCCAUCCCUCCCUCCAUCCCAGCCGGUAGAGAGGAUGAGCUCCUCCGCGUCCGGGUCGUCUCCGCGGCGGAUCUUUUCCUGCUCCCUCUGAUCCCUUUCGGUCUGAUGUUUCUCCUCCGGGUAACAAUCAGGAGAGGAUGCAUCUGCUCGUUUUCGCGACUUUAUUUGGACUCUUUUUGGACGCAGGAGAUGCUCUUCAGAUCCAGUGUUACCAGUGUGAGGAGAUGAAACACAACGACUGCUCCACGCCCGAAUAUAUCGUCAACUGCACGGUCAACGUACAGGACAUGUGCCAGAAGGAAGUGCUGGUCAAAUCUGAUGGAAUACACUAUCGGAAGUCCUGUGCAUCCUCUGGGGCCUGCCUCAUUGCCUCCUCUGGUUAUCAGCAAUUCUGCACUGGCAGGCUGAACUCGGUGUGCAUCACCUGCUGCAACACGCCACUCUGCAACGGCCCCAAGAGGAAGCGCCCCGUCCCCUCGGCUGCAACCUCAAACAGACGUGCCCUUCUCUUCUUGAUUGCGCCGAUGCUUCUUCAUCUGACGUCCUGCCUGGGGUUCUGAACGGAAACUAGUGAGCGAAUUCGGACUCUGGUUUUGCAUCGUCUCCGCAUCAAAAAGCUGUUGAUCCAAUGGAUAUCGGACAGCGACUAGGACCUCUCUGCAUCAUUAUUUGCUUAUUUUACAGGAACGUUCCCCCUGCAGCCGGGUCACUUCUUUGCUUUCUUUGCUUUUAGUGAAGUGGAGCGUUCUGUAAUAGUGUCGGUAGAACUUCUGUUAAGUUAAGGCCUUUUUUGUGCUCUUAUCGUUUAAAACAGCACCAUUUUGUGUUGAUAUAGUAGUUGUUACUUCUCAGAAAAACUAUUUUAUUCCGGAGAACACAUUAAACAGUUAUUUUAAAGCAUAUUUACCCACUGCCAUACUGUAUUUCUCGUCAUUUCAUUGCAGGAAGAACAAAGUACCCAAAAUGCACCCAUUUAAGUUACUGUUGAUUUAUCCACAGUCAUGUAAUCUGUUUAAAUAAAAAAUACACAUUUGUUUAACUCCUUAACAAAAUGAGGCAUUUAGAUGUCUAAAGCCUCAAUUAUGUCACCAUUUAGAUCAAGGGUUCCCAAAGUAGGGGUCAGGACCCCCAGAGGGGGCCUGAGAAACUAAGUGGGGGGUCUGAGAUGAUUUUCAGAAUCAUCAUGAUGUGACCCUGGGGAUUAUGGAGGGCCAAAAGGGACAAAAGUAAAUCAAUAAAUAUAUCAUGAAACAAAUAAAUGUAAAUGUCCCAUAAAAAAAUAAUUGUACCAUUUAUUAAUUUAAUACAUUAUUAAAUAAUUUAAUAUAAUAAUGAAGUUAAAUAAUUAAAUGUAAUUUUCAAAAAAUAAAUGUUAAAUACAUUUAUAAAAAUACAUAAAAUACAUAGACAAAAAUAUAUAUAAUUAUUUCACUUUAUAUUUAUUAUAGAGUGAAAUAAGUAUUUUUAGGGGUCGCCAGUAGGCAGUUGCUAGUCUCAGGCACUGUUUAUUUGAGGGGUCAACAGCAGAAAUGUUUGGGAAUCCCUGAUUUAGAUGAUACUAUACAGUAUUAGACUAAGUAAGAAUAAAAAAACAAAAUACAUCUUGUAGUUGAGAAUUCUGAGAACCUGCAUGUUCUCAGAAUUCUUUCAACUUUAAAAACGCCCCAUUCAAGAGGAGUAAAUUUCGAAAAUAUGCACUUUCAUUCUGAAAAUAAUUCACUUUGUUAUUAUUUACACAAAUGCCUUACAUUUCUGUCUCACGCUGUACAGGAUUGAAUCGUUUGUGCUGUAUACACCACAAACAACAACAAUACAUUCUCAAAUUUUCUCAGACACAACAGCUGGUGUUUUACAGUGCGUCAUGGUAGAGGAGGGCCUGAGCGCCUGAUGGAUGUUCUUGGCUUUUUUUUUUUUAAAGAGUCUUCUGUGAAGAGUAACGCUGUAUUCUGCUGAUAUGUGGUUUCAAUAAAUGUUGCAGAAAAAUCA